AUGGAUUUGACUUACCUCAUUCUCGUUGCGGCCAUAGUAGGUGGCCAGUUGAUUUACACUGGCGUUCGCUUCCUGCGCUACCGACAGGCAGCCCAGCGAUCAGGCCUACCUUACACAUGGUCGCUAGUACACGAACUCCAGGGACCAGCGUUCAUAACUGACGCCAUACUCCGAUGGUGGUACCGUGAUUAUCUGGAGCAGGGUAAAGGCUGGCCGCGAUGGGCUCGAUUUAUGAUCAAGGACUGGCACUAUGAAGAUAGACGCCGGGCGACACUGGAAUAUGGUGAUUGCUUCUUAGUCGUCACGCCCAACGGGCUGAUCUGCUAUAUAAGCGAGCCCAACACGGCGUCACGGCUGGUCACGCGCCGGAAAGCGUUCAUCAAACCUGCAGAUAAGAUGGAAAUUCUCGAGCCUUUCGGCCCGAACGUCGUAUCGGUUGAGGGGGACCUCUGGAAAUUCCAUCUAGCCAUCACACUACCACCCCUGGCGGCCGACUCGGUAGCGCGAUUAGUAUGGGACGAGACGGCACGGCAGGUCGACAUGAUGGUAGCGGCAUGGAAACCUGAGGAGAGCAACAGUGAACGUAUAUAUGCGCUGACCAUGAACAUCAUGUCACUAGUAGGUUUUGGACGGCAAGCAGAAUGGGGUGAAGGUAAAUCGCCUGGCAGCGUCCCUGCCGGACACAAAUUUUCUCUCGUCAGCGCUCUGACGGAAGUCAUUAUGCACCUGCCGCACAUUCUGCUUCUUCCGCGCUGGCUAUUGCGCUGGACGCCUUGGCCAAUCGCCUAUCAUGCCGCUAAUGAGGUUGAGAGCUACAUCGACGAGUUUCUAGGCGAGGAGCGUGAGAAGCUUCAGCGCAACAGCAGCGAAUCCUCCCGCGAGAACCUGCUUACCGCUGUCGUACGCUCUAACCUGGCUGCGGCAAAGAAGGUAGAUGCGUCGGUAGGUCGGUCAAUAUUGACGGACGAGGAGAUUAGGGGCAACGUUUUUAUAUUCCUAGUAGCCGGAUAUGACACGACUGCAAACACAGUCCAAUUUAGCAGCUUGGUACUUGCCUUCCACCAGGACGUCCAGGAGCGCGUACUCCAAGAGAUUGAUGCCGUGUAUGCCCAGGCGAAGAAGGAAGGUCGCUCCGAACUAUCCUACGAGAAUGACUUUCCGCGGUUUCGUUAUCUUGUUGCUUUUAUGUAUGAGGUAAUGCGCGUGUUCCCCAUUGUGCAAACCCUCGCCCGGGUUGCAGUUGGUGAGCAGGGAGUGCCAAUGGACAAAGGUUCCGCUAUCGUUCCCGCGGGAACUAGGCUAGUGGUGAACAACACGGCGAUCCACUACGACCCGGCCAUCUGGCCCAGUCCCGACGUGAUCGAACCGCGCCGCUGGCUAGUCCAGGACCCGCACUUAUUAGACCCGGCAAAGCCGCUAACAGCAACUCAAGAAGCCGAGAUCCGCGAGGGUUCGGUUGCCAUCCCAAGCAACCGGAAAGGUACUUUCUUGUCAUUUGGAGAAGGCCCGCGUGCCUGCCUCGGUCGCAGCUUUGCGCGGGUUGAAUUUGUGUCCCUCAUUGCCCGGCUCCUUCGGCAUCACCGACUCGAGCUCGCCGACAAGGAUCCCGCCGCGGCUGCUCGCCAUCUCAGAACUGCUCGCCUACGAAGCGGAGGCUCUCCUGUGACGCUCAUCCCACCUGAGGAUGUACCAAUUCGUCUUGUCCCACGAGGAAAUGUGUAAAAGGGAGAAAUUCCAACAUAGCAGUUCAUCCCAUACCCGGAAGAAUAGACUUGAUUUACCUGCCUAGGCUGUAUGAAAGUGCGUGUUACUUCCGUGUAUUACAGCUAUCGGAAGAACGAAGGCUCAAACUAGAUGUAGCUAGUAUAUUCAUCUCAACGUUCCCUCAAGUCUCAAGCUUGUUCAGUCUUACUCAACAAUAGUGGAGCAACAUCUGAGCUACCUGUUGGCUUGACAAGGAGGUGGUGGUGCUUGCGAUAAUUGUUGUUGUUCUUGUUAAGUUGCUUCCGCCGGAGCUAGCUACACAAUUAACCACUUUUGUGCC